AUAAAACACCUGUUGCAAAGAGAUAUGCCGUGGGUUUCGCACGUCAUCUUUGCGGCUGUCGCUGCUAGUUUUGCUUCUGUGAUUCUUCACACUGAGCAAGUAAUUGCUAGGCAUCAUCGAAAAGGUAAUCCUCAUAAGCCUGAAGGUGACAUAUCACUUUGGAUUGAUCGACAGCAAAUUAAAAUGUUUAGUGGAUUAGAGAUGGAAAUCUAUGCGAUAACUGAAGGCAAAGUACUGUCAUAUUUACUAGAUCCAGAAUUGGAGAAUAAACUACCAAUAAUACCUAGUGAAGUGUCGUAUGUUAAUUUUACGUGGAAAUCUGGAGUUAAAAGAUAUUAUUACAACUUUAACCGGUUGAAAUCGCUUGACGAGUCAAUAUUAAAAACACCAUCAAUAACUAUAAAAACGAAAGGUCGUGUACCUAAAAGACCUAAAGAAUUCAGCAUUUUAUUAACCUGCUCUGGCAAUAGUUCUGGAAUAGUACAAUUUAGCAUUGGACUGGUGAUUGAGAAGGGCAAGGGUAAACCUCUAAAUGGGACUCCCCUACGUCUCAACUUGAGAAAAGAAUGCGCCGUGCGCGGUGAGUGCGUCAGUCGCGCCCAAGAUCACCACUUCUCCACUCACACAUACAAACCUAAUCCAGGACCAUGUCCUGAUGGUUACAUGGGUCCACCGCAUUGCAAAAAAGCUCUCUGUUAUCCAGUUUGUAUGAACGGUGGCAAUUGUACAGCACCAGGAGUCUGUUCAUGCCCACCUGGAUUUCAAGGACCUUAUUGUGAAGGCGGAAUUUGUACAGAAAAAUGUUUGAAUGGCGGUAAAUGUAUUCAAAAAGACACAUGCGAGUGUCCUAAAGGAUAUUUUGCAAAAUGUGUAAUACCAUGUUUAAAUGGCGGUAAAUGUAAGGGAAACAACAUCUGUAGAUGUCCAAAUGGUUUCAAAGGAGAUCAUUGCGAAAUAGGACGAAGAUCUCCCCAAAGAUCAGCGUGUACAAGAGCAUGCAGAAAUGGAACCUGUCAACCUGACAACACGUGCCUCUGUGAUGCCGGAUGGUUUGGCAAAUUGUGUAAUAAAAACAAACCAUGGGCUUAG